UUGUGGAUGUUGUCGGCUCCGUGUUGUGAUGACAGGAGAAUGUGUGUGUGCCCCGGGCCCAGACGAAUUGGUAGGUAUUCACUGAAAGAUCUGCGUUGGGUACCCUGGAAGGAUGGUGACUGAUUCUGUGUUUGGACGGUUUUAGGUGGGUCGGUGUGGAAAUAAGGGGCGAGGUAGAUGGAAAAGAGGACAAAGGCUUCCUGGACCCGGAUAGCUUUGAUGCCUUGAGCAUGAAAUGAGUUAAUGUGCUUUCUGCGUGCAAACUAGGAGAUUUGGUUUAUGUCUGGAAACCAGUGUCAUGUGGCCCAACAUUUGAGCAUAUUUCCUGGCUUAAUUUGGAUGAACACUUAAUUUGGAUGACUUUCAGGAAUCCCAGUCAGAAGUUCCAGCCUGUCACUACUCUCUGAUGCCAUGCCAGCACCAACUCAACUGUUUUUUCCUCUGAUUCGUAACUGUGAACUGAGCAGAAUCUAUGGCACUGCGUGUUACUGCCACCACAAACAUCUGUGCUGCUCAUCCCCUUACAUUCCUCAGAGUCACCUGAGGUAUGCACCCCAUCCGGCAUAUGCUACCUUUUGCAGGCCAAAGGAGAACUGGUGGCAGUACACCCAAGGAAGGAGAUAUGCUUCCACACCACAGAAAUUUUACCUCACACCUCCACAAGUCAACAGCAUCCUGAAAGCGAAUGAAUACAGUUUCAAAGUGCCAGAAUUUGAUGGCAAAAAUGUCAGCUCUGUCCUUGGAUUUGACAGCAAUCAGCUACCUGCAAAUGCACCCAUUGAGGACCGGAGAAGUGCAGCAACCUGCUUGCAGACCAGAGGGAUGCUUUUGGGGGUUUUUGAUGGCCAUGCAGGCUGUGCUUGUUCCCAAGCAGUCAGUGAAAGACUCUUUUAUUAUAUUGCUGUCUCUUUGUUACCCCAUGAGACUUUACUAGAGAUUGAAAAUGCAGUGGAAAGUGGUCGGGCACUGUUACCCAUUCUCCAAUGGCAUAAGCACCCUAAUGAUUACUUCAGUAAGGAGGCAUCCAAGUUGUACUUCAACAGCUUGAGGACUUACUGGCAAGAGCUUAUAGACCUCAACACUGGGGAGACAGCUGAUAUUGAUGUUAAGGAAGCUCUAAUUAAUGCUUUCAAGAGGCUUGAUAAUGACAUCUCCUUGGAGGCUCAAGUUGGUGAUCCUAAUUCUUUCCUUAACUACCUGGUGCUUCGAGUCGCAUUUUCUGGGGCCACCGCUUGUGUAGCCCAUGUGGAUGGUGUCAACCUUCAUGUGGCCAAUACUGGCGAUAGCAGAGCCAUGCUGGGUGUGCAGGAAGAGGACGGCUCUUGGUCAGCAGUCACUCUCUCUAAUGACCACAAUGCUCAGAAUGAAAGGGAACUGGAACGGUUAAAAUUGGAACAUCCGAAGAAUGAGGCCAAGAGUGUGGUAAAACAGGAUCGGCUGCUUGGCUUACUGAUGCCUUUUAGGGCUUUUGGAGAUGUAAAGUUCAAAUGGAGCAUUGACCUUCAAAAGAGAGUGAUAGAAUCUGGCCCAGACCAGUUGAAUGACAAUGAAUAUACCAAGUUUAUCCCUCCUAAUUAUCAUACACCUCCUUAUCUCACUGCUGAGCCAGAGGUAACCUACCACAGAUUAAGGCCACAGGAUAAGUUUCUAGUGUUGGCCACUGAUGGGUUGUGGGAGACAAUGCAUAGGCAGGAUGUAGUUAGGAUUGUGGGUGAGUACCUAACGGGCAUGCACCACCAACAGCCAAUAGCUGUUGGUGGCUACAAGGUGACUCUGGGACAGAUGCAUGGCCUAUUAACAGAAAGGAGAGCCAAGAUGUCCUCAGUAUUCGAGGAUCAGAAUGCAGCAACCCAUCUUAUUCGCCAUGCUGUGGGCAACAACGAGUUUGGGUCUGUUGAUCAUGAGCGUCUCUCCAAAAUGCUGAGUCUUCCUGAAGAGCUUGCUCGGAUGUACAGAGAUGACAUUACAAUCAUUGUAGUUCAGUUCAACUCUCAUGUGGUAGGGGCAUGUCAAAACCAGGAAUAGUGAGAGCUUACCCUGGCAAUUCUCAAAUGAAAUUGGUUUAAAGGACAGAUAGAUUUUUUUUUUUUAACAAUACUAAUGUAAUAAACAUUUCCAGUGGGUCAUUCUAAGCAUUUACCCAUUUGAUCUAGCUAGUCAAGAACUCCAGUGGACUUAGUAGUAGGGUGGCAGAAUAGUGAGAGUUGUUCUGCCUGGCUCAGCUCCUGUACUUGAGGCAAGUCAGUUCCUUAUUGCAGAUUUCUUGUGACAUUGGCUUCUUGUAUCAGUCUGAGAACAUUAGGAUAACCUGGCUAGGAUUUGGAAUAGGUCAAAAGCAAGAAUUUUGCUGGGUGUAUUUUCUUGGUAAAAGAAACAGUACUAUUCACACCUGCAGGCUCCUUUUGUCACAGAUUCCAAUGUACAUGAGAACAUUUAUUUAUUGCAUGAUUUCCUAGAUAUACAAUCUAUGCAUUGUUCAUAUAAAUUAAUUUUAUCCAGAGGUGGUUUUCAAAUGCAGUACUUUAAGCCAUACAUGACCCAGAACCAAGCAA